AGGCAGCCAGGACCACAGCCAAAACUCAUACCCCGAGUCUGAGUGGUGGUUGUGGUAAAUGUGCCCCUAGUACCAUCGCUAGGGAAACAGAUGAAGGAGGACCAGGGAGUUGAAGGCCAGCCUCAGCUAUGGGAGACCCUGUUUCAAAAAGAGGAAAAAAAAUCCAAAAGAGAAGAUCGUGCCCUAGGACCUAAGGGGCCUUGGCAUCCUGCCCGGAACCCCUCUCUUUCUUUCCUGGAAGUCUAUUUAAGACAACUUCAAAUGCAUUGCAUCUUCCUGUCAACUCUCUCACCCACUGGGGCCUCAGAUACAAGCACCGCUGCCAGCCUGCCCGACGGAACCUGCCCUGCCGCCCUGCCCGACGCUGCUGGGAAGAGCCCGCAUGGCCCCCUGGUGAUGCCUCAGGUCCGCUCAGCCAAUACUUCCCAGCCACUUCCAGACACAGUGGAUGCUCAUGACUUACCCUGGAGCGAGAGGAUGUGCCCCUUACCCCUGGCACCAGCUAAGUCUUCCUGGCUGCCCUGUCCCGAAGGCCCGGGCCUAUACCGGUGUGCCCUGCAGAAGACACCCCUAGGCAGAGCCCCACAGGAUCUCAGAGAGGACGACGCCUCAAACAUUAGACACCAGCCACCAAGCCUCUACAAAGCCUCUACCGACAGCGAGAAACUCACAACCAAGGACCCGCCAAACAGAGAGGAGAUGGGAAACCGGCCAGAAACAGGAGGCAUCUACUCACUCCUCCCUCCUCUUCCUAGCUCCUUCCAAGAUGCCAGGCUGGAUGGAAAGAGCCUUAGUCCCUUGACCUUCUGGCCCUGGCUUCCUCCCACUCUCAUCUCCAAGGAACCCCCUACCUACAUCUACCCCAUCGUUCCUGGGUACCCACUUCUGCCUCUCUCUUACCUAUUGACUUAUGGGGCCCUACCCUCUGCCCAAUGCCCGUACCUCUUCAUGCUGCCCCCAGAGUCCACAUACCCCACAGUGGCUGGGCCCAGCUUGCUUAGGACAGCCAAUGGGCCUGGACCCUGUGUCCCCCAAGAGAAGACCCUGCUUCUCUACACAGGAGCUUUUCAGAGUGCUGGCCACACCCUGCACUCCCAGGUUGGGAGUCGGAGCUCUGGAGAUGCCUGGACCCCAGGACAAGCUGGUGUGGCAGCUCCGGCAAGGCGGGCUGUGCCAGGCUCCCGGGCAGGUGCCAUAGCCCUGCCCUACCCUCUGAAGAAAGAGAAUGGGAAAAUCUUAUACGAGUGUAACGUGUGUGGCAAGAACUUUGGGCAACUCUCCAACCUCAAGGUCCACCUACGCGUACACAGUGGGGAGCGCCCGUUCCAGUGUGCCCUGUGUCACAAGCGCUUCACCCAGCUGGCCCACCUGCAAAAGCACCACCUGGUGCACACCGGGGAGCGGCCCCACCAGUGCCAGGCGUGCCACAAGCGCUUCAGUAGCUCCAGCAAUCUCAAGACCCACCUUCGCCUGCACUCAGGGGCCAGGCCCUUCCAGUGCAGUCUCUGUCCAGGUCGCCUCACACCGAAUAUCUACCCUAAGCGGCACCACAGACUGCAGGCUCCUCAGCUCCGGGGCCUGGCCCACGCCCACCUGCCCGUCGCCUCUCUCACCUGCCUUACCCAGUGGCACCAAGGAGCACUAGAUCUUGUGGACGAGGAGAAGAUGGACAAGGCGUCCUCAGAAUCCAAGGCGAAGCAGGGGCAGCCAGCUUGAGCGGUGGUGCCGGGAUUUGUGUGGGGGCAGAGUGUUGGCAAUGAAAAGAUGGUCUCGGUGCUGAGUCAAGACCUCCUGAGUGUCUCCAGGGGAGGUCCUACCACAUCCCACCUGUCACCUGGAAACUGCAGGGCACACAGCCCAUGUCCAGGCGGGUCCAUGCAGCCAUGUGCCUCAGGCUGGGUUUGGGCUCCGCUCUCUUGUUUGUGACUUAUCUGGAACUGAGUUCUCCAUCUCAACCAGUGGACAGUGCUACUUCUCAGGACCAGAUGUAGGCAGAGUGUGCUCGGCAGGAGGAGGGACAGCAGGGGCAGGAGGACCUCGGCCGUGAGAUUAUCAUCAGACACUUUAGUUGCCCGGUCUGAUGGACUGGGCAUCUUUAAGUAACUGGAGAAUGAAGCAGGAAUGGAUUUGUACGUUGGCCAGUCACAGGAUAUGUUGCAUUACUUCCGGGGCACGUUCCCCAGCACCUCCCACUGGUCUGUGGGUUCCUGCCUACCGCUUUCUAAUUGCAGUUCCUUCUUCAGCCAAAGGAGAGGUCAGCUGGUAUUACCUCCCAUGAUCCGGUGGGAUGCAACUCUCUCCCGGGAUGGGGGUGAAAAAAAGAGACAUAAGCUAUUCCCUGUCCGGCUAGAUGGCUCAGCGGUUAAGAGCACUGACUGUGGUUAACUGCUCAGAAGUUAAGAGUUCAAUUCCCAGCAACCACACGGUGGCUCACAACCAUCUGUAACGGGAUCUGAUGCCCUCUUCUGGUGCGUCUGAAGAGAGCGACAGUGUACUCACAUACAUAAAAUAAAUAGGUCUUUAAAAAAAGAUAUUCCUGCCCUCUCAUGACCCAGAAUCAUGAUGUCCCCUGUGUAUCAGGACCAGAGGGCAAGGGGCGU